CGAAUUUGAGAACAAAACAAGUGUCAACAAUAACAAAAAUUCUUCUUCAAAAACGAACAAGUGUCAGAAUUUUAUCCAGUUGGAAAGUUGGUAAACAAAAAAGUGCAAAUAAUUAAAAAGAAACAAUUUAACAAAAUUGUAAAACUUAUUAAAGCUAAAGCAAAAACCGUUAAGUGUGUUAUUGUGUUAAAACGUGUAGUAGUAACCAGUGUUGUAUUUAAAUUUGAACAAAUACAUAACCACACAAACCAGAUAUAUUCAAAAUUAUAAAAUUAUAAACACAGUGCAAGCAAUUUUGUAAAAAAAAAAGAAAACAAAGGAAAAUCCUAAUAAAUUAUUAAACAAAAAUAAGAAACUUCAACUAAAACCAAAAGCAAAAGCAACAAUAUGUUUUCGAAUAUUACAAAUCAAUUUACUUCAUUGGUGGGUGCUGUGAAAGGUGGCCAAGGUGAUGAAGAAGUACCCGCUGCCAAUACACAAGAAACUGCAACCACAGCAGCCCCUUCAGAUCAUCAUGAUGCUACAGCAGCAUCAACAGCUGGUGGUGAAUUGCCUGAAGGUGAAGAGGGUGCUAAGAGAUCAUCUUCGUUGGUAGAUUCCUUUGUUAAAGAAACUUCUGGUUGGUUAGGCAGUGCCAAAGGUUGGUUGGGUAGUGCUUCAAUACCUUCAAUGCCGGCCAUGCCUUCAAUGCCCUCUAUGCCAUCGAUGCCAGCUAUGCCUUCAAUACCCAACAUUCCAGGAUUACGUAAAGGCGCUGAAGGUGAACUAGGUGCCGAAGGUGAGGCUGCCGCCGCUGCUGCUGCUGGUACAGCAAAUGCCGCUGCUGCUGGUGAAGAAGAUGACAAAUCGAGGUACCUUAGUGCCACAGAAGGAGCCGAUUCCCAUCCAGCUUCCGGUGAUGAGGGACAACUUGGCGAAGAGGGUCAAAUUGGACAGGGUAAGGGAGAUGAUGUAAAAAUUACCACAAAAGUAACACAGCAAGCUAAGCAUUUUGGUUCAUUUUUGACAUCAGCCUUUAGUGAAGCUGGUUCAAAGAUAAAAGAAACUGUUAAGAAAAACCCCAUUAUGGAAUCAUUUAACAAAGAACAAGAAGCGUUUAUUAAGGGCCAGGCUGGCGGUAAUGGUGCCGCCGUGGCCCCCUGGUCAGGUCUACCCAAUGAGGGCAAAAUUAAAGAGGAAAUUAUGGGUCUCUCACAAGAUCGUCGUAACUUUGUUCGAGCUCCACCAGCUGGUGUCGAUUUUGAAUUCAACUAUGAAACUGCUUAUCCAACGGCAAUCGCCAUCAUGGCUGAGGAUAAAAAUUUAGAAACUAUGCGUUUUGAAUUGGUACCCAAAAUCAUUACUGAGGAAAAUUUCUGGCGAAAUUAUUUCUAUCGCGUUUCACUAAUUAUCCAAGCUGCCGAAUUGGGUACUCUUGGUGAAGAUGGUGUAGCACAAGCCUCAAGUGGUGAAGAUGUUAAAGAACAAAAAUCUGCCACUACUGAACCACAAAAUACCGAAACUUCUUUGGAAUCUAAGAAUUCUGAACAAAAAGUCAGGUUUGAUGAAAAUUUGUCUGCUACCAAAUCCAAACGUUCCCAAUUGACUUCUGAAUCUGAAUUUGUGUCCGAUGCCUUUCAAACUACCACUGAAAAUGAUUUAGAAGAAAUUAAAGAUGGUAUGCGUAAACUUGGCAUUGAUAGUAUGACCCAACAACAGCCAGACAAGGCAUUGAGUAAUAAUGAUGAGGAACAAUGGGAAAAAGAUUUAGAAGCGGAACUUAAAGAUUAUGAGGUUGUAGACAAUGGCGCUAAAGAUGGUGGUGGCCCUGCUUCUUCUACUCAAGACAAUGACGACGAAUUACCGACAAUAUCAAACCUGCGCACACGUUCAAACAACGAUUGGGAAGAAUAUGCUGAUUUGAUUGAAGAUACCGAUGAUUUAAAAACUUUGAAAAGUUUAAAACGUGUCAUGUUGGGCUAUCCAUGAAAUUAUGCCCAAUUUGGUUUAAAAUUUCUUUAUUAAUUUGUCUUUACUUUAAACUUGCUUUGAUUAUAAUUCCCAUUUAAAGAACUAACUAUAUAAGCCUAACAAC